AAAAAAAAAAAUCUAAAAUACAAAAAGAAGUGAAAUUCAACUCCGGGUUUCAACUUUCAAGCACUUUGCUUCGGAGCAAACCCAAAAUUUCCUUUUCCAUUUGAUUCUCCAUUUCCUCUCCAAUCCACAUUUACCCGCUCAAUUUUGUAGAUCAAACAAGUUGCAUAUUUUUCCACUGUUUCUAAAUUCAAGGACGGAAAACAAAAGAUAAAAAGUGAGAGAGAAAAAUGAUGUCCCCAAAUCAUAUACCGGAAAAUCGUAGCCCUUCUCGGCCGGCUACUUUCAGGCAAACUCCCUUGCAGGUCAUCCAUGUCUUUGGUAACUUUAUGAGAAUUUGGUCGAUCUACUCUGUGUACCACUAUUUGUCUCAAACAGGGGCUUCAGUUGUUUUGUUUAUAUUCAGCUGUCUUGUUCCAUCGUCCAUUCUAUUUUUACUUAUGCAAAAACCUUGGAAGGGCAGACCGCUUUCUAAUACUCAGGUAGUGCCUUCUGUGAUAAAUGGUGGUAUAACUGCUCUAUAUUUCAUCUUGUGGGGAAAGGGGCUUCGAUCUUGUGGUCCUCUCAGGAUCAUAUUGGCGGAGUAUUCUGGUGCUGUUCUUGGAGUGUUAUCUGCAGUCUUGUAUGGGAGGAGAGACCGUGUUUGGAAAAAGGUUGGGGGCCUCCUUGCAAUGUUAGCAUCUUUCUACUUUUUGUCUCAAGGAUGGGCCAUGGCUUCACAAUCUCCUCUUUCAUUUAGUGAGAAUGAAGAUGCAGACAUCCAGUCUGAUGAAGUUUUGGGUGUUAAAGAGAUGCUAAUUCCUGUAUUUGCUGGAAUUUUAUCAGCAUUAAGGAGAGUGAUUGCAAGACGUGUCUCACUUAAGAAUCAACUUAAAAGACGGCUCAAUGCCAUAACCAUUGCUUCUGCCACCUGUUUUCUAUUUCCUGUCGCCAUGUGGGACAUGAUCAUUGGAUCUACUAGUGUGGAAUUGCCAUUUUCUAUGUGGGCAUUUUCAAGCUUUGUCCUUUUUGGAAUUAUCUUGAUAUUUUAUGUGGACAGUAUUGCAGAAGAGAGAUUGAAUAUGGUGUUCUCAUCUCCAAGACAUUUGAUGGUUGCUGGAGGAUGCAUCAUUGUGAUGGAUGUUGUGUACAAAAUGGAUUUCUGUUUGCCUGGCUUUUUACUUUGUGCUGCCAUUUUGGGCUUUGGGAUACACGAAGCGACUUCUUUGGAUCGUAUCAGAAAAGAUUCAUUGCAAAGUUCAGUUAUAUCAGAUGGAGCAUAUGAGGACCAAGUUCAGAUGUCAGCACUUCCAACUUAAUACCAGAUGUGGACAACUGCUGAGGCAAUACAUGGGAUGAUUACAUGUUAUUCUGACUGCAAUAAUCAAAAUUUGCAGUAUCUGGCUCAAAUUUUGCAAAUAGAGCCUUUGUGGCCACAAGGAUCAUUCUGCUGAUGGAGUAAGAUGGGAUUACAAAUAUGCUAGGAAGCAUGUUAGGUUUACGGUUGAAGAUAUUGGUUACGGUGCAUAUGAAGCCACCACAAUCGUCUUUGGUCUUUUCAGUUUGAGGCUAUUUUUCUCUGAAAAGAAUCUGUAAAGACCAAUGCUGCGGCUGCAUAUAUUCCAGAUCAAACAAUUUCAUAAUUCUGCAGUGCUAUCUUGAUAUUGGUUGUUCUACAUCGUUUUUUGUUAUGGUAAUAGAAUCAUGUUCAGUUGCUUC